CGUGACUAAUGUUUUGGUAACAUGGCGGAUACUGGACGAUUGUUGUUGAUGUCACAUUAGCUAUUCACGCAUACAUCUCCUCUCGGCGGUUUCGCGGUGUUUUUUUCCUUUUCUGAGGUGUCCCUGUGAAGGCUGUGAGCAAUCCAUGGAGGACCAGUGCUAGUGGCCUGUUUGGCCCGGUCAGCAGAGUGUCAUAAUGGAUGCAGUACCACCCAGACAACACAUAUGAUGCCAAGAUGUUGAUCUGGUAGGAUGUUUGAAUCGAGCAAUCACAGCUCUCAGAGGGGCCGACUUCCCCCCAUCCAUGCCAUCGGCAAGGUCCAGUCCAUCGACGAGGAUGACCCGCCAUAUAUACCAGUACAAGUGUACGGCUAUGACGCAGAUGGUGAUUUCUCACUGUCUUCUGGAGUUGAACCGACCUUCGAAGUCAGUGAUGCUGAAGAUGCUGUCAAGCUUCUACGGAAGACAUUUCAGCUGGUAAGUCCCGGACGCCAUGCUUGCAAGCGAAGCCCCGAACAUGGAGGAACCUACUUUGUUCACUGCCGAACAUCGUCUCGUCUUGGAAAGGAUUAUGCACAACUGAGAAGGGUUUUGGAGAAUAGGGCGAAGUUAGAAUUUGUGCGUGACUGUGUGACCAGGAUCCGUGCAACAAGUGCUUAUGUUGAAGAUCUGGAAGGUUUGGUGCUUCACGAGUAUAGAACAGCUUAUGCUAUUCGUCAUGGCUGUGCCUAUGAUGCUCCAAUCAGUAAACUGUACUGUCUGAAUGCUCUAUGUGAAGACCUGCGUGUACAUGUCAACCACUGGAAUGUACUUAAACAACAUCUUAACACCAAUAAAUGGCUGCAGCCAAUCCUGGGCCGUUUAUGUCUCGAAGUGGAAUAUGUAAAGAGAGCUCUCAUCCAGCUAAGCGAUAAAGCAAUAUGGCUGCUGCAGCGCCUCAUCAAUGUAGGAUUUGAGGUGUUUGCUCACUGUGACGUUGACAAGUUGACUCCAGAGGUGAUGUGGAAUAUUACGCGAGGUCUUGAGGAUUUCAACAAUAUUGUUAAUUCGUUUAGGACAGCAGCCACAGUGAGUGGAUCUCAGUGGAACCAUCUUUCCCUGGUCGAUCUUCCAGAAUUCCAAUCUAUUUCUUGUCUUCACUUACACCCAGCCUCCACCAACUUCCCUGGCAAACUUGGUGACUCGGUCAAAGCGAUUCCUUUCCCGAGAGUCCUCAGGAUCCUGGCCAAUGAGAGAUCACGGUAUGCUGCCAAACUGACUCAUUACUUUUUCACAGUCAACGAAGAUUUCCAAAAGUUUUUGAAUUGUGGUCGACUUCCCCUGUACAACUGGUUCGAGGAUCAUGGAAAGGAUUCUGCAUCUGGCACAUCAUCCAAUCAGCAGGAGACGUCUGACUAUCAUACGGCCACCGGGAGCAAUGUCAGUUUGUCCACGUCACUGUUGCGUGUUGGGUCACUUCGGGCUCCAGACCUGUCUGUUUACAUGUCGCCUCUUGUUGAAUUCUCGCAUAAGGAACAGGAAUUUGCAGAAAACUUUCUGCUGAUUGUAUGUAAUUCCACAACGCUACUCAGGAAAAACGAUACGGGUAAAUCCAAGAAACAAAAGGAAUUGAGAAUAAAUCAGAGUCCUAUGAUUGGGCGGUCUGUUCGAAGAAUGUCUGACACACCGGUGCUAUCUCGUGCGGACUCUCGACGGAAGACAGUGUCGUGGGGAGACAAUGCUGACCAAUCCAUUAGGAAUCAGGUAGUAGCAAAGUACAUGGAGAUCUUGUGGCAACAUUUCGGGGAGAAUCUCGAGCUGUUUCUGCUGGAGCCCACCUGGGACAUGAGCCAGAAUCUUCUUCACUCAGAGUUUGGCAGUAUCCUGCUGUACAACGACACCCUGAUCACUCUCCUCAGACACACCAUCGAGCAUGUCUGUAUGAAAGACCUUUUUCCCCUUGCAUCAGUCCAACCUCUUCUUGGGACGGCAAUGCGGCUCCACAUCAUCUCAGCGAACGCAGCAUGGGAUCAAUACCUGACAAGUGCCGUCAGCUCCCAGGGGACAGACAAGUGCUACCCCUGCCCCCUGAUGGAUGGGGAGUACAGCACCAAGACCGGGAUGCUCCUGCGAGACACCUUCAAGCCCAUGUACAGCCUCAUCCAGGAGGUGUGGAGGGACCUUGGCAUCACCAGACCAGAUUCCUCAAGUUUGCUUGCGAGACAAGACGUGGACUUGUCGCUGGUGGCCGGCAUCUGCCUGCGUGUGCUGAUGACGUGUCGGGCUGCUCACAGCUGGUGUAUGGUGAAGACACAUCAGUUUCUGGCCUCCUGGUCAGUCAGCGCGUUCCUCCUCAUCACACACAGUGACCUCAAGAUGCUAGUGGACGAGACCAAGCAGGUUCUGUACUACCUGGAGAACCUGACCCAGUCCGGGGUCACCCAAAACUCCACACUUGAUCUCCUGUCAGGGGGGCAGAUCUCGCAGACCUGUCAUCAACUUACAGAGAUCAAUGCUCAGCUGCAGAGUCUCUCUGGAGCAUCAAUGAAGCUGUUUUCUGAGAAGUGUGGAAAGAUUGCGUCAGACUACUUUCGAGAUACAAUGCCAUUGGGCAAACCGUGGAGAAGAAAGACUGCCCUGGAAUCCCCUGUGUCAGCGAAUCUGUAUGUGGAGCAGGUGUUGGAGGCCAUCUUGGAACCGGUCAUUGAUGGAGUCAGUAAACUCAAUCUGCCAUCUCAGCUCAGUGUCAUCUCCUUGGCAACUGUGGCCAUCUGUGAAGCCUGGACAAACCUCAUCCUGAAGGAAAAGAUCAAGUUUAGUGUCCCAGGUGCCCAACAACUUGGUAUUGACUUCACUUUCCUAAAGUCCUGGAUUGGUAAUGCCAUAACUAACCCAGAGGUCAAACAGAGUGUCCUUGACCUGUCCAUCUUCAAGUUUCUCAAUGGUAUUGUCCUUAUUCUUAAGAAGCAGCCCAAGAAGCGUACAGCAAGUCGCCUACGCGACUGUUCAGCGGAGGACCUCAGUGAGUGCUUAAGUUGCGAGUACAGCUCUGACGUCAUCAGCCCCCAAAGCAGCACCAGCAAGGCUGAGGGUGGUACAUGCGACUGCGGCGACGAGUCGGACAUCUGCAGUGUGCCCAACAUGGACGACUGGCUAGCUCUGAGAGUUCAUGGUGGCACACGGUCAUGGAGGCUGCCAUCUUGUUUUAGUGGUCAAGGGGGAGAGAGCUGAGGUGAACAAGACAUGUCCUGCCUCUGUGUCAUUGAGGCUGCCAUCGUAACAGGAGAAUCAAAGGGAAGUAACUCUUGCUAUGUUCGGAUGGCUGAAGUGUGUUUGGUCCAGCAUCAAACAUUGACAGCACCUUGGGAUGUGAUGAAGGCUAAAAUCCUUUUGAAAAACGAACUAGGAUGCAUGAUCUUAUCCCAGGAACAGUUGUCACUGGACAUCCUCUGUUUCUUUAGAGUAAAGCUAGAACUUGAGUGGAAGACACGCAUUAUGUUGACAUCAAAUAUUGAAGAAUGGCUUCAGAAAUCUCAAGUUACCAACACAGGAGCAUGCAAGUAAAGCACUCAGAA